GAGUCUACCUAUAGUUUCAUCCUCUGAAUCGUAAUAUCUUACCACCGCUUUGGCCAGUCAGAAACACCUGAGAGAGGACUAAUGGGCAAGAGGUCACGUCUUUCCGAGGACGACUACAGUGAGGAUAGCUCUGGGUCGUACGUGCCAGCUCGAAAAAAGCUCGCAAAAGGCAAAGUCAGCACAACGCGCAAGUUCUCUCAGAAAAGUUCGAAGGACAGAGAGACGAGAGAUAAGGAACCCAGUACCAACACUGAAGCCUCCCAUUCUACGUCUCUACAUGUAAUAAUCAACCCCGUACCCCUUCGCUCAGCACUGCUUGAGUGGUACGACAAAGUGCACGAGUUACGCGGCAUGCCAUGGCGAAAGCCCUACAAUCCUUCUUUGUCGCGCGAGGAACGUGCGCAAAGGGCUUACGAGGUGUGGAUAUCCGAAAUCAUGUUGCAGCAAACACAAGUCAUCACCGUCAUUCCCUACUACAACAAGUGGAUGCAAAAGUUUCCUACAAUCAGAGAUCUCGCCGCUUCUGACAUCGAGACUGUUAAUGGUCUCUGGAAAGGACUGGGCUAUUACUCUCGAGCUGCUCGCAUUUUGAGUGGGGCACAGAAGACCUCAGAGGAAUUUCAUGGUCUGCUUCCCGACAAUGCGAAAGAUAUGGAAGCGACUAUCCCCGGUAUAGGACGGUAUAGCGCUGGAGCAAUAUGUUCAAUCGCCUACAACGAAUGUGUCCCUGUCUUAGACGGCAAUGUUCACAGACUCCUCAGUCGUGUCCUCGCGCUACAUGCUCCACCAAAAAGCAAAAAAACCCUUGAUAUCCUCUGGGCAGGCGCUGGGGUUAUGGUAAAAGACUCUAAGCGCCCAGGUGAUAUCAAUCAGGCUCUUAUUGAGCUUGGAAGCACGGUUUGCAAGGUCAGGGAUCCUUCGUGUUCUAAAUGUCCCCUGAAGCCCUGGUGUAAGGGCUACAAUAGAUUCUCCUCAGUGGAAAGUCAGGAGGCUACCGAAGACUCUGACAUCGAGGAGCUAUGCUCACUCUGCGAGCCUUUACCCACAUCCAUGGAAGAAGCUAGACAAGUCACCAUCUAUCCCAUGAAAGUUAAGCGCAAGAAAGCCAGAGAAGAAACUGAUCUUGUGAAUGUGGUGGAAUGGCGCGCAGACAAUCAAGGUGAUCGAUGGUUUUUGCUUACCCGUAGGCCUGAGGGUGGUCUUCUGGCAGGUCUUCACGACUUUCCGACUUUACCCAAUGUAUCGGACGAAGAGGAAGUUGACACUCCCGACAUUAUCUUGCAAAAAUGGCUGAUUAGUCCCCCCGCGUCUGGCAAGGUGGCAACCCAAAGACCAUCUAAUAAUGCUAUAAAUGGAACUCGUGAUGCAAUUCGCAUAGUCGAUGUCAAACCAGCUGGCGAUGUCAUCCAUGUCUUCUCUCACGUAAAAAAGACGUAUCGCAUCCAAUGGAUAGUUCUGGAAGGAGGGACCGAUGGUGAGCCACCGAAGUUGCUUUGCGACGCCGUGCCUCGACCAGAAAAGUACAAGAGCACGGCGAAAACCGAUAAAUCGACGAAACGAAAGAAGGGGCGUAAAAGGGCUAUGCCCGAGUCAAGUCAUGAGAAUGGCCAAGAUGUGGAAGGCGCUCUCAAGGCCAAGUGGAUCCUCAUGAACGACGUGCAGGACGCCAACUGUCUGGCUCUUCAGCGGGAAAAAGUCGGCGGAUCUGGAGGGCUUUCGAAUCUAAUUGGGGAAGUCCUCGCCUCAGAUAUGAAAGAUCAUAUAGAAGGUGUUCGAGAAAGACUAGCUUUAAAUGAAAUCAGGGAGCGUUACAGGUCUCUGUCAGUGAUAUUUCAUCCGGACAAGCAGCAUGAUGAGCAAACGAAAGCCACGGCAUCCAAGAAAUUCCUGGAGAUCCAAAAAGCGUAUUCGAUUCUGUCGGACUCAUUUCUUCGUGAAGUUUAUGAUAUCUUAGGUGAAGAAGGUCUAAAAACAAAGUGGCCACCAGCGCUACGCUCUCGAAGCAUCGAUGAAAUUCGCGCAGCACUCAGACAAUCUAGGAUUGACCGGAGCUUCGAGAGAAACGACGAACUGAUCAGUCCCAGGGGGACUGUGACUUGUGGCAUCAACGCGAUGUCGUUGUUUUCGGACAAAUUCUUGCCCGAAGAAGACAAUUCUUCAGCAGUGAAGAAUGUUCUUGCUCGGUUUCGUGGAAUAGGCGUCCUUAGCCUUGGCGUCCGUCAUAGCGUGAAGCAACAAAUCGGUCCCAAUACUACAAUAGGACUGACAGGUAAUAUGAGCAGGACAGGUUCCAAGGCAGAAAAAGGUUCCAUUCUUGGCACGGUACAACACCAAUUUUCUCCUCGUGUAGCUUUUGAGCUUUGGACUAAAGAUCAAUCUAUGAUUCAGGGAUCAGUUGGCCUGCUUCAUCCUCAUGUCCUUAUGGCUAAAACAUCCUACAGCGAUGAUGAAAGCACUUAUGCGGUUCAGACACAUUUUAUUCCAUCAUUGUGGUUUAUGUUUCCACCUCCGACAACCUUGACCUUUUCUAGGAAGCUAUUCAACGAUUCAGCCACUGAGGGCACUCUAUCGUGGACCAUGUCACCUCAGUCUCCAGGUCAUCUUGAUAUAUCUAUUUCCUCUCCAGAGCCUUUCAAUUUUGCAGCUCCCGAUGACUUUGUUUCUCCAACGGAGCGAAUGAUAAGCGACCUUGACAACAAGCCUGGCUCGUUAUCUGGAUUUGGUGUGGGGGCACUGUUCUGGACCUACGGUCUAAAUCUCGCUGGCAUCGAAACUGGCCUGAAGGCGGAAUGGGGCGUACGUUUCACCGAAUUGGCUCUUCAGUUGAAAGCAGGAUUGGUCUUCAAUGCACGUGGACUUUCUUACCUGCUUACAAGCUCGUGGACUCGCCAAAACAAUGCCGUAUCCGUUAGCGUCGCUCUGAGUCCGUCUGGGGUGGUGAUGAAUCUCGAGCUGAAAUAUUUAUUCCAGAAGUGGGUAAUUCCAAUCGUGCUCGCGACAGAAUACAACAACACCGCGGCCUUCUGUACAACAAUAUUGCCUUCUACAGCUCUUGUACUAGGGUACCAUUUCGUACUGAAACCUCGUCGUAAGGCUCAAAGAACUCGGUAUUUCCAAGCUGCUCGCCACGCUUUAAAGGAAGAAAAAUCGGAUUUAAGAAGAGAGAUAGAAGAGUCAACUAUGCUACUGAAGGAUACCGCGGCAAAGCAUAUGCAAGUAGAACGCUCCAAAGGAGGUCUUGUCAUCCUUGAGGCGAUAUAUGGUCCAACGUGUCCAGAUGACGAGGCCAAAGACUUGAAUAUAGACGUCACUGUACCAGUUCAAGCUUUAGUUCAUAAUAGCCAAGUAUAUGUCUCGGGCCAUCGAACCAAAUCUGGUAUACAAGGAUUUUAUGAUCCAGCGCCUGCGUCGCCAAAGUCUCUCCGAGUAAGGUAUACUUUCCGUGAUCGGAUGCACUACGCAGAAAUACCAGACUUUAUUCCAGUCGCACUUCCUCUGCAAGUGCCAGAUUACACACUAUACGCCACACUCUCCACUCAAACACCCCACCUUCACAAGAUUAAUGGUUAUGACCAAUCAUAA